UUGUUUGAGUUUCCCUUUCCGUCGGCCAUUACAAUACAUUCUCAUUAUCGAGUUGUUCGUUCGCCGGGUCUGUUAGGUCGCCACUGGUAAAUGAAAAAUUAGUAAAAAUUUUAAAUUCUCUCAAUAGAGAGAUACCAACUCGAGCGUAUACGACCACGUAGGUAUUCUACCUACAGGAUAUAUAAAAUACUUCAACAUGCAAUACAACAGUUUUCAUAAUCAACAUCCUAUCUUCAGACCUCGACUAGACCGGAAUGAACAAUUCGGAAAAAUCCCCUUUUUUAAUAACAUGCAUGAUUUUGGGGGACCGAAAAACUUUACACCGAGAAACGGAAUGGCCAACAAAAACUUUAGGCCACGAAAUGAUUUUAAUGGUAUAAGAAACGAUUACAAUAAUUUCAAGAAUGAAAAUGGAAAUCCAAAUGAUUUUGGUGGACCCAAAGAAUACAGGCCCAGAAACAACUAUAUUCAGCCUCAAAAGAAAAAUGACUACGAUGUAGAAAAUGCUUCUGGAGGAAAUAUGCAAUUUUAUAAUGGAAAAGGUGACUUUGGUGGUCCCAAGCAAAAUUAUCCCAAAAAUUUUAACAAUCAAAACGGACCUAAUAACUGCCUCCAAAAUUUUGUCCCCAAGAAAAUUUACAACAGUUCCAGCUCUCCGUCAUCAGAUUUUAAUGAUCGUAAGUUACAGAGCCGAAAGGCUAAACAUCCUGGUGACAGUUUGAUAAAGCCUGAAUGGGAUAUGGCUAAUCUUGGAUCAAUUCAAAAGAAUUUUUACAAACCACAUGCCAAUGUUGAAGCGCGUUCAGAAGAUGAAGUUCAGAUGUUUCGUGCAGCCAAGGAAAUCACUGUAAGUGGCAAUAAUAUUCCUCGUCCUAAUCAAGUGUUUGAUGAAGGUAAUUUUCCUGAUCAUAUAAUGAAUACCAUCAAAGAGCAAGGUUGGGAAGAACCUACAGGAAUACAAGCCCAAGGAUGGCCUAUUGCACUAUCAGGUCGGGAUAUGGUUGGUAUUGCAUCAACUGGUUCAGGCAAAACUUUAGCCUAUAUGCUUCCUGCAGCAGUUCAUAUUGUUCAUCAACAAAGAAUUCAACGUGGUGAUGGUCCUAUUGCUCUUAUUUUGGCUCCAACAAGAGAACUGGCUCAACAGAUUCAAUCUGUAGCUCAGGCGUACAGUGCUCGAGGUUGCAUAAGGAACACUUGCCUAUUCGGUGGUUCUCCCAAAGGACCUCAAGCAAGAGACUUGGAAAGAGGUGUAGAGAUUGUUAUUGCAACACCCGGACGAUUGAUUGAUUUCUUAGAGCGUGGAACUACAAAUUUACGUCGGUGCACUUAUUUGGUUUUGGAUGAAGCAGAUAGAAUGUUAGAUAUGGGAUUCGAACCGCAAAUCCGUAAAAUUAUUGAACAGAUCCGCCCUGACCGUCAAGUUUUGAUGUGGUCUGCUACUUGGCCAAAAGAAAUUCAAGCUUUGGCUGAAGACUUCUUAACUGAUUAUAUCAAAGUAAAUAUUGGUUCAUUGAAUCUCUCUGCUAAUAACAAUAUAAAACAAAUAAUUGAAAUUUGUGAAGAACAUGAAAAAGAACUUAAACUUUCAAACCUUUUGAAAGAAAUUGCUUCAGAAAAGGACAACAAAGUCAUUGUUUUUGUAGAGACAAAGAAAAAAGUAGACGACAUAGCACGUGCAGUGCGGCGUAAUGGACAUAAAGCUUUGGCUAUUCAUGGAGAUAAGUCGCAGCCGGAGCGCGACGCCGUAUUAACGGAGUUCAGGAAUGGAGCCACAACAAUUCUAAUUGCUACUGAUGUCGCUGCUCGUGGUUUAGAUGUCGAAGAUGUGAAGUUUGUUGUUAAUUUUGACUAUCCUAAUUCAUCAGAAGAUUACAUUCACAGAAUUGGUCGCACUGGCCGCUGUCAACAGUCUGGUACAGCCUACACUUAUUUUACGAGUGGCGAUGCUCGUCAAGCUCGAGCUUUAGUAGCUGUUCUCCGUGAAACGGGACAAAAUCCCCCUGCUAAACUAAAUGAUAUGGCAAGAAACAACAACAACGGCUCAAGUCGCAACCGCUGGCAACAGCGUAAAGAAAAUAAUAGUGGUGCAAGUUCACCUCGUCAGAAGAGUAAUCAAUGGAACAAUAAAAUGGCCAACAACUUGCCAAAUGAAGAAAGUCAAAAUAAUUAUCAAAAUCGUAAUCCCAAUCUUCAACAACCUCCUCGAUUUUCUAAUCAGAAUCAGAAUCAAAAUCAAAACACAAAUCAGGGUUAUAGACAAAACAAUUACCAAAAAACUGUACCAUUCCCUAGUCCGAAUGUAUUUGAUUCAAUGGGUAGCUACCAAGGUGGAUACAAUAAUGGGUAUCAAAAUGCUUAUAACAACCAAAAUGGCUAUGGUCAACGUACAUUCAACAAUACACGUGGAAAUGGUGGACAACAGUACAAUCGUAAUACAAAUUCAGUUGGAAAUAAGUCUGCUGGUUCGGGAUCGUCUUAUGGAUCUCCUCCGCCUCAUUUUGCUACACCACCUCACUAUCCUCAAAUGCAUCCUCAUCAUCAGGAAAUGCUUGGAGGCAAAUUCUACGGCGGUGGUGUCGGCGGCGGCGGCCCCUGCGGCUACCAAGCGGCGGUGGGCGCCGGCGUGCCCUACCCGCACCUCCCUCCCGGCCCUCUGCUAUACGCUGCACCAGUUCAACAGUAAUUUUAUCGCAACCGCGGUCCCAUUUCUGUGAAGACAAAGGAAAUUUUUCUUCUUUUGCGCCUAUUUCUUCACUCUCAUGCUCCUAAUAUUCAUAAUAGAUUAAAAAUUAAUAUUGUACUUAGCUUAAAUUUUUAUUGUAUUUGAACACUUGACAAAAUGGGACAAUUCUUUUUGUAAUAGUUUAAUCACUAAUAUAUGGUUAGAAUAUUUUUAUAGAUCUGAUUGAAAGCUUGCAAACAUUAUUGUUAAGUAAGUACAUAAAGAAAUUUACGUUUUCUUAUUUUUGGAGUUAAACUAGAUAUUUCUUUUAUUAAGAGUAAUUUUGCAAAUUAUUGAUGAUUCUUAAAUGCUUGUGAUUUCUCUUUCAGAUCAAGAUGUAUGAAUUAAGUAGGUGUGUUAGGUUAUAACUGGUUUAUUAACUGUUGACCAUAACAGUAUUUACAAAUAAUUAAUAUUAAAAAAGCAAUUAUAUGGUGUUUAUGUUCACACCUCAAAGUUUAACAAAUGGCUAAAAAGCAUUUAAUGGAAGCAUUUACUUUGUGAUUUAAAAUUACGAGUUCUGAAAAGCAUACCAUGCCUAUUAGAAAAAAUAUUUGUUAAUUUCUUGACAUAUUUAAAGAGUAAAAAAAAAGUUAAUAACCUUGUAUAGUGAUAUAGAAGUUACACAAAAUAGAUAACAAAAUUUGUAGAAAUAACAUUUGACAUCUUGAUUACAACUGAAAUAGAACAACCUGUAAAUACGGUCAACAGAGAAUGAUCCAAUGUUGGUGGAGACUUAAAGAGACUCGAUGUUUCCACCAUUAGAUUUUAAUCAAUAUUUGUAUGUAUUUAGAGUAGUCUGUGUGGUACCCUCUUAUGUAAUCCCGGGUGCCUUUUCGUUUUAAAUACGUCUGUAUAAUGUACGAAAUGCACGAAACAUAUAGAAGAUUAGUAAAAUUUAAGUGGGUGGGGUUAAAAUAUCAGAUAUAAAGUGUAUUAUUCUAUUAUCAAUUAUUUUCAUUGUGUAUAAAGAUGAUCUUAACCAGUGAAAACGUGCGGGACACCUUAGUAUAAGAAAAUAAAAAUGCUUUUCAUAUACUUUAAAACAAUCUGUAUUGCCAGAUAAAAUUGUGAAUAUUUUUCUUAUAUGUCGGUGACAUUUCAAGUCAUGGUUUCAAAAAUGUAUAUUUUAUUAAUAAUUAUUAUUAGACCUUGAGUAUUAUGUGUAGGGGGUCUUAGUCUAGAACAAUUGGAAUAGCUUAGGUUUCGAAUGCAAAUAAAUUGUCUUUUCUCAAAAAAAAAAAAAGGAUGUAUGUAAAUACGUACAUUUACUGUAGGAUCAUUAGAAUUUUGAUCUUUAUAAAUAGCCAAACAAUGGUUACUUUCUUUUUUUAGUGGACUAAGUCAUUUCUUAAUAAUUGUUUUUCGAUUAUUUUAUAUAAUGUAAAUUUCACAUAAUUCUAGUUAAUUACUGGAGUUUCUUUGUACGUAAAGGGGUUCUAAGGGCUAACGAUAGGAAAGUCAAUUGGUACAAAAUAAUAAUAAUUAUAAAACAGGUAUUAUGUUGUGUUAGAAGCCCAUUACUGUCCAAAGAGGAAAAAUCUGUGAUAUUCCAUUAAACAUUAACCUGUCGUUGCGUUGGUCAAUUGUUAAUACAUAAGAACACUUCCUUUAUUUGGAGAGUGUAAACACUAGACAAAAAUAUAUUUUUUUAAGAAUUUGCGGGAAUUUCAUGAAUGUUUGUGACAACAAAGCUUGCAAGUCGUUCACAAAAAUAUUAUAUUAUAGGUAUAAGAAUCUUUUAUUGUUAUUCAAUUUAGUUUUCAGUUUACCGCAAGGUGACAAUAUGUACCAGUUCAAAGGGACGUAAUAGUUAUUAUCUAGGAAUCCCGUUAUUAAAAUGCAUCUUAAAGAUACAAAUUAAAAAUUAACACGGGUCUGAUAGAUUCAAGGGGUGAACAACUCGAUUGAAUCUCGCGUUUAAAACGCACUUAUAUGAGGCGAGAUUCACAUGCUAUUUAUGUACACUAUUAUAAGAGAAAGACUGCAAUGAAGAAUGUGUAAAUGUAAUUCAUCUUAAAGAUGUUUGUCCUACAUGCUUGCCUGCCUUUCAUAUCGUUAAUUUCAAAUUUGUUAUGCAAGAGAUCAUGUUAGAAAAUAAAUGCCAUUGAUGGUACGGCAAAAAAGGCUAAAUGUUUGUCCGUUUAGUCGGCAAUCGUAUUGUGUUGAGUAUGGUCGCGGAUUGCAGGUAGCUCCUGUUUUAUGUACAAAGUACUGCACCCACCUCUUCUAAACAACUGUGAUAAUAACACUAAGUAGCGUAGCAGGCGAUUUGUAUACUAGUUACGUCCAAGAAAAGGAAUGACACCAUAUCUGACAUAUUGUAUUGUGAUAAUAUAAAUAUAUCAAAACGUGUAAACUAUUCCAACACGGAUUGAUAAACUUUUUUCUCUAAACAAGACUGAUUAUAAUUAUUUCUAAUUGAAUAUUUUAUACAAGUUUCACUUUGACUGAAUGAAUUAAGAUGUCUGUAUUUAUAUUGGUAGUAUCCUUGUGAUGUGUGUUCUCUCCAAAUUUUUUUUAUUCACUAUGUUGGAUAUGUGUCAAAGAGCCUUUCUAUGCGGUCACCUAUUGAAAAUAUAUUUAACUCAUUUAUAAGUUGUUUUUUUUUGUCAUGGUAAAAUGUUGUUGACAAAUUGUGGCAGCGACAGUAUGAGAACUAAAAGUUAAAAGUAUGUUAUUUGUUGUUAAUUUACAAAAUUUUAUUUAUUCAACAAGAUUAUCUCAUAGACGAUCGUAGUUUCACGCUUUAUCUAUAUACUAUUUAAGGAUUUAUUUUCUAAAAUUAUAGGUUUGUGAAAAAUAUACAUAGAUUUUUAAGUAUGUGGCAAUGCAGAUCUUCAUAAAUGUUGAUUCUAUAACAAAGUACAUAGUUCAUAUUUAUUCAAUUUAUAAGAUAUAUAAAUAUAAAUGGAUAUUGACUCCGUUCAACUGUCCCAAAGGGAAGUCUUCUGAAUGUUUCUAAGAAGUGCAUUUCUUCUAUGUAAUACAGUAUUAAAUUCUGAUUAAUAAAUUGAUGUAUGAAA